AUGUUUCUUAGCUUCUACAUCUUCUCCAUCCUGUUUGCCACAGGGGUUUGCUUGCAGUGUGAAUACUGCAGCAGCAGCACUGAUUCAUGCACUGGCACACCACAUGUCUGCCGGAAAUCUGAAAAUGCCUGCCUCAUCCUUACCAUGGAGACAACCAUUGGAAAUGACAAAUGGUUGGCAACGUAUAAGGGCUGUACUGCACUGAAGUAUUGUCUUCCAUCUCCCAUGAGCUUCACCUUUCCUUCUCAGCGCAAACGGAAAGCUGCCAAGUGCUGCCGGACACCUCUUUGCAACACUGGAACAGUGACACUGCCUAAACUAGGGGUCAUACCAAAUGGACUGAAGUGCCCUGGAUGCUUCUCAGAGGAUCCCAGAUGUGUACCCACAGAGAUACUAAGCUGCAAUGGAUGGGAAGACUAUUGUGUCUACUAUGAUGUGUCUGUGAAACAUGAGGGAAAGAUCUACAAUCAUGCUAUUCGUGGCUGUGGGACCAAGCAUGCCUGUAUGAAUGAGCCACGGAUUUUUGGGGUUCCUGGGUUGUAUAUGGAAAUGUUGAAGAGUCCUCAGUGCACUCCUGCUCCCAAAAUGUUAACCAAAAUUGGCAAGUAA